AAACGAAGACAAAAAGGUUCUAAAACAAGCUGAGCAAAUGAGACGGAAAAGAAACAGUAUCAAAGCAAUUACUCUGCUGAGUUUCUCUGCAAAAACACUGCAAAAGACUCUGCUAAUACUGUUCAAAAUUCUUUCUCAUUCAACAGCACCCAACGCAAGAACAAAAGAGAAAAUGGAGAGAUAAUAGAGAGCCAAAAAGGUUUGGGGGAGUGUUUAAGUCUCGUCUUUAUACCCUUUCUCAGGUUUGGACAUGCGUGCUGUUUGAACGGGGGUGACACUACGGAAUUCUGCACGCAGAGUACAGUCAGUUCCGUUUUCGAAGGGUUCUGAGUGGGUCCCGAACCCAUGGAGACAGAGCUGAAAAUCAGCAGAAACGUAUUGGCGACAGUGGUGCUUUUGGGGCGAGUGAGUAAGUGCUGGGAGUGCUGUUGGGGCAAGGAACUGCUGGGGGGGGAAGUAGGUCAAGGCCAGCUGAAGAGCAGAGUUGGCUGUUUCGUGGGCAAUGGUGUUUACUGGCACUGGGGCAUUGCACUGCUGUUUGGACAGAGAGAACAGCAAAUGCUCCAGCUGGAGGACAGCAGAAGCUGGUGCUAUGGGAAAAGCAGAGAAACAGAAACACCAAAAGAGGGCGCCCCAGAAAGAGAAUCAGCAUAUGGAAAGUAUGUUUCACAAAUGACAGGUUCCUUGUGGAGGUGGUUUUCAGGGUCCGAGGAUGUUAAAGCAUCAGCAUAAGGCCAUAAAAUGCCAAUCCUCUCGCAACUGAAUUUGCC